AUGAGCUCUCAGACACUCCGCUCGGUGUACCGGGCGAGGCCAGAGCUGGCGCAGGCCGGACAAGCCCUGAGAGGCUACUUCCGCCACUUCUCCACGACGCAAUCGCAACUCGACGAGGCUUCUUCUUCCCCUCCGACCAACAACAGCGGCAGCGGCAGCGGCAGCGGAAAUGCCAGGCCUACCACGGCUCGACAGCGGACCCGGGCGGCGGUCAGCGAGAUCAAUGCCCUCGUCAAGGACCGGAACAGCAGUGCUCAGGAGUCACGGAAACCAACGAAUGCGGCGGACGGCUCGCAGGCGCAGCAGCCCAGGGUCAUUGAU